UCAAGUUCAGCCGUUAUUCUCAGUCAGGCUCCGUCACCGCCCUGACCCAGGCGGGCAGUGGCUCCGCGGCUUCCCUGAGCUUCUUGGCCAGGCUCGGCGGUCAGUGUGGCGGGCAGGGCCCUCUUAGGCCCGCUCUGAGGUGAGCGCCUCCCCUGGGAGACGCCAGGCUCCUGGGAUCCGCCCAGCCAACGCCCACCCUCCAGGAACCCCAGACGCAAUUCUAAUAAUUCUGUUCCGCAGGUCCCUGGCUUGUGCCAGACCCUGGCUUUGCCUACCGGGCUACGGAAUAAGCAGAAACAAGACAGUUCUGUGCUGAAGGCACGCACUUUGUUGGGGGAGGAGGCGGCAUAGGAAUAAUGAUCUAAACAGUGUAGUGUAAUUGCUGUAAAAUAUUAUUCUGGCUGGGCGCGUUGACUCACGCCUGUAAUCCCAGCACUUCGGGAGGCCGAGGGAGGUGGAUUAUCUGAGGUCAGGAGUUCGAGACCAGCCUGGCCAACAUGGUGAAACCCCGUCUCUACUAAAAAUACAAAAAUCAGGUUCUUCCUGCAAUACAGUGGAUACAAUUUGUCAUGGCUACUUUGAGUGUUAUAGGUUCAAGUUCACUUAUUGCCUAUGCCGUAUUCCAGAAUAUACAGAAAUCUCCAGAGAUAAGACCACUUUUUUAUCUGAGCUUCUGUGACCUGCUCCUGGGACUUUGCUGGCUCACAGAGACACUUCUCUAUGGAGCUUCAGUAGCAAAUAAGGACAUCAUCUGCUAUAACCUACAAGCAGUUGGACAGAUAUUCUACAUUUCCUCAUUUCUCUACACCGUCAAUUACAUCUGGUAUUUGUACACAGAGCUGAGGAUGAAACACACCCAGAGUGGACAGAGCACAUCUCCACUGGUAAUAGAUUAUACUUGUCGAGUUGGUCAAAUGGCCUUUGUUUUCUCAAGCCUGAUACCUCUACUAUUGAUGACACCUGUAUUCUGUCUGGGCAAUGCUAGUGAAUGUUUCCAAAACUUCAGUCAGAGCCACAAGUGUAUCCUGAUGCACUCACCGCCAUCAGCCAUGGCUGAACUCCCACCUUCUGCCAACACAUCUGUCUGUAGCACACUUUAUUUUUAUGGUAUCGCCAUUUUCCUGGGCAGCUUUGUACUCAGCCUCCUUACCAUUAUGGUCUUACUUAUCCAAGCCCAGACAUUGUAUAAGAAGUUUGUGAAGUCAACUGGCUUUCUGGGGAGUGAACAGUGGGCAGUGAUUCACAUUGUGGACCAGCGGGUGCGCUUCUACCCAGUGGCCUUCUUUUGCUGCUGGGGCCCAGCUGUCAUUCUGAUGAUCAUAAAGCUGACUAAGCCACAGGACACCAAGCUUCACAUGGCCCUUUAUGUUCUCCAGGCUCUAACGGCAACAUCUCAGGGUCUACUCAACUGUGGAGUAUAUGGCUGGACGCAGCACAAAUUCCACCAACUAAAGCAGGAGGCUCGGCGUGAUGCAGAUACCCAGACACCAUUAUUAUGCUCACAGAAGAGAUUCUAUAGCAGGGGCUUAAAUUCACUGGAAUCCACCCUUACUUUUCCUGCCAGUACUUCUACCAUUCUUUGAAACUACAAUACUGGAAUAUCCAGGAACUGGAGUUAUUCUAUGCUAAUGGAUUGGAAAGAAUGUUGGGAAAGGACAUCUUAAAUCUUUGCUAACUAUGCCCUAAACUGCAGAACUCAAAGGAAAUAUAGUGCCAUUGUUAGUAGUCAUUCUAGGUGAAUUGGGAGUAUCUCUCCAGUUAUUCCCAGAUUCACUAGUGAUCCUUAAAGUCUCUGUUCAGGGAGAGGAAGACACUUCUCAUCUCAGAGAUAGACUCAUGUUACCUUGAUGGAUAUUAGAUUUGUCUAAGUCUCUUCUAGAAAAAAUAAAUUCUAGAUUAUUAUUUA